AUGACGGACCUCCUCAAGAUACUGCCGUCCUUUCCCACGGGGCUCUUCUCCGCGCUGCUGCCCGUUGUCGAGCAGCACGCCCUCUCCACCACUGACCUCCUCACCCAGCACCCCGUCGACCUCGCCAAGCAGACGCGCAUCCCGCUUCUCGACCUUAAGCGCUUCGUCGCCGCCGUCCAGGCUUCCUUGGCCGAUGACCUGACACCGGAGAAGCCCCUGGCGCCGAAGCCGAUACCCACAGGCGCGGAAGAAGAGAAUAAAGGGCGCGACGGCGAGGACGAAGAGGGCGCGACAGCCGCCACGCCGACGGAGGAGGUGCCUGCUGCUGCUGCUGCACUUUCUGCCGCGCACACGCCCUGCAUCAGCACGCUCGACGAAACGCUCGACGCGGCACUCGGUGGCGGCGUCCCCGUCGGCUACGUCACCGAGUUCGCGGGCGAGUCCGGCACUGGCAAGACGCAGUUCCUGCUGUCGCUCUGCCUGGCCGUGCAGCUGCCGCCGCCGCGCGGCCUCGGCCGACAGGCCCUGUACGUGUCGACCGAGGCGGCCUUGGCCACGCGGCGCCUCGCCCAGAUGCUCCCGGCCGCGACAGCGCUGCAGCUAGCCGCGGCGGACGAUGACGACGCCGCGCCCGCGCCCGCGCCCACGCCCCCAUCUCUCGACAACAUCCUCAGUGCAGCCACACCGGACCUCGAAUCGCAGGACCACAUCCUAGAGUACCAGGUGCCCGUGCUACUGGCCCGCCACGACGUCGGCCUGCUCGUACUCGACUCGGUCGCCGCCAACUACCGCGCCGAGUUUGAGAGCGGCAGCGGCGGCGCGCUCGGCUCUAGCAUGGCCGCGCGCAGCGCCCAGCUCGUUCGGCUCGGGGCGCACCUACGGGACCUCGCGCGCCGGCACGGCAUCGCCGUUGUCGUCGCCAACCAGGUCGCCGACCGCUUCGCCUCCUCCGGCCAGUCGCAGGGUAGGGCCAACACCACUGCUCGCCUCCCGCACCGCGGGUCCAUGGCACCCCCGCCGGAAAGCCCACUCGCCUCGCGCGGCAGCAGACAACAGCCGCCACCGUCGACGAAUCUGCUGCAGGCCACGCCCACGUCAUCGAUGCCUAUGCCCACACCCGACGACGGCGGCCCCCCCGCACCGCCCACGCUGCUCCUCGACCACCAGCAGCGGUGGUUCACCGGCUGGGGCGACGAGCCGCGCUCCUCGCACGCGCUCAAGACGCCGAGUCUCGGCCUCGUCUGGUCCACGCAGAUUGCCUGCCGCGUCGCGCUCUUCAAGCGACCUGUGUACGGGCGCCCGCGGAGAGUGGCAGCGCCGCUGGACGCUCGCAACGACUGCGAUGACGACGGAGGGGCGGACAGGGAGCCUACGCUCAAGUCGUGGAGGCGCUGGAUGAAGGUGGUGUUUGCGCCGCACGUGGCCGCGUCGGGACAGGGCAUCGCGGACGCGGCCGAGUUUGAGAUCACAACGGGCGGGCUGAGAGGCGUCGUCAAAGACGUUGGCAAGACUAAGGGUUGA